GCGGGCGCGGCGGCGGAGGGAUCGCGCCGAAGGCAGUGGGCGAGUGGGCCGUGAACGGGAAGCGAUCGGCGUCGGCGACGGCGACGGCAACGGGAUCGGGAUCGGGAUCGGCGGCGGCGGCGGCCGUGAACUCGCUGAUCCGCGCCCCCGUGGAGGACAUCGAGGAGCCCACGGCCCCCACCACCGCGAAAGCUUCCUCCAAGGGGAUUUCAAUAAUGACAAGGGCUCAGACACGCCACCCUUUAGAGCCGUUAUCUGCAGCUGAAAUCUCUGUGGCAGUAGCAACUGUUAGGGCUGCUGGGGCAACUCCUGAGGUGCGCGACGGUAUGCGCUUUAUUGAAGUUGUCCUGCUGGAACCAGAAAAGAAUGUUGUGGCAUUAGCUGAUGCCUAUUUCUUUCCCCCUUUCCAACCAUCACUGUUACCUAGAACUAAAGGGGGUGCGGUUAUUCCAAGCAAGCUUCCUCCUAGGAGGGCACGGCUUGUUGUCUAUAACAAAAUAUCAAAUGAGACUAGUGUCUGGAUUGUCGAACUGUCGGAAGUGCAUGCAGCAACCCGAGGUGGUCAUCAUAGAGGGAAAGCCAUUUCAUCAGAAAUUGUUCCCGAUGUCCAACCACCAAUGGAUGCCGUAGAAUAUGCAGACUGUGAAGCUGUUGUGAAAAGUUAUCCUCCAUUUAUGGAGGCGAUGAAAAAGAGAGGUAUUGAGGACAUGGAUCUUGUGAUGGUAGAUGCCUGGUGUGUAGGCUACUAUAGUGAUGCGGAUGCUCCAAGUCGCAGACUAGCCAAACCACUGAUCUUUUGUCGAACUGAGAGCGAUUGCCCAAUGGAGAAUGGUUAUGCUCGUCCAGUUGAAGGGAUCUAUAUUCUGGUCGAUAUUCAAAAUAACGUGGUAAUUGAAUUUGAAGAUAGAAAGCUUGUUCCCCUCCCUCCAGCAGAUCCUUUGAGAAACUACACUCCUGGAGAAACACGAGGUGGUGUUGAUAGAAGCGAUGUGAAACCUAUACAUAUUCUUCAGCCUGAAGGUCCAAGUUUUCGCAUUAAUGGUUACUAUGUGGAAUGGCAGAAGUGGAAUUUUCGAAUUGGUUUCACCCCAAGGGAGGGCUUGGUAAUCUACUCUGUGGCAUAUGUUGAUGGUAAUCGUGGACGGAGACCUGUGGCACACAGGUUGAGCUUUGUUGAGAUGGUAGUUCCUUAUGGAGACCCCAAUGAGCCGCAUUAUCGUAAGAAUGCAUUUGAUGCGGGAGAAGAUGGUCUUGGGAAAAAUGCACACUCUCUUAAAAAGGGUUGUGACUGCUUAGGCUACAUAAAGUAUUUUGAUGCUCAUUUUACGAAUUAUACUGGUGGGGUUGAGACAAUUGAGAAUUGCGUAUGCUUGCAUGAAGAGGACCAUGGAAUUUUAUGGAAGCAUCAAGAUUGGAGAACUGGGUUAGCUGAGGUCAGACGAUCAAGAAGGCUUACUGUGUCAUUUAUAUGUACAGUGGCUAACUAUGAGUACGGAUUUUUCUGGCACUUUUAUCAGGAUGGCAAAAUUGAAGCAGAAGUAAAACUAACUGGAAUUCUCAGCUUAGGAGCAUUAUUGCCUGGUGAAUCAAGGAAAUAUGGCACAACUAUUGCACCAGGUCUAUAUGCACCAGUUCAUCAGCAUUUCUUUGUUGCCCGAAUGGAUAUGGCUGUUGAUUGUAAGCCUACGGAAACAUUCAAUCAGGUGGUUGAGGUGAAUGUGAAAGUUGAAGAACCAGGCCAACAUAACAUUCAUAAUAAUGCCUUUUAUGCUGAAGAAAAGCUUCUCAGAUCUGAGCUGGAAGCAAUGCGGGAUUGCAAUCCUUCAUCUGCACGUCAUUGGAUUGUAAGGAACACGAGAACUGUAAAUCGUACUGGUCAGCCUACAGGCUACAAGCUCAUGCCUGGUUCAAACUGCUUGCCAUUAGCUCGUCCAGAGGCAAAAUUCCUUAGAAGAGCAGCAUUUUUGAAGCACAAUCUUUGGGUUACACCAUAUAAGCGUGAUGAGAUGUUCCCAGGGGGAGAGUUUCCCAAUCAAAAUCCGCGUAUAAAUGAGGGAUUGGCUACAUGGGUCAAGAAGAAUAGGUCCCUUGAGGAAACUGAUAUUGUUCUCUGGUACAUUUUUGGUGUUACACAUAUUCCUCGCUUGGAAGACUGGCCUGUGAUGCCCGCAGAACGCAUAGGUUUUAUGCUUAUGCCCCAUGGUUUCUUCAACUGCUCCCCUGCUGUUGAUGUGCCUCCAAACACUAGUGAUGUCGAGAUUAAGGAAAGCGGAUCGACAAAAUUGAUUCAGAACACUCUGCUUGCCAAGCUUUGAUGGUGGAACCAGAAAUUAAAACUCAAGCCAUAUAAUAAAUGAGGGAAAAACUCUUUGCUGUUUCUGUCACCGUUUUAUCUGGAUGUUCAAUAAUAAAUGCGACUGGUUGAUGCUUUAUUUGUCUA